AUGCCAUAUUCACCAAUUUCGUCAUGUGUCCAAUCGGUACGUAUCUGCUAUGCGCUUGUACGUCCGGUCUCCACGCAGGAGUUGUGUUUUGCAUGUGCGAUAUCUCGAGAGAUGCGCCUGCUUGCCUCCCAAUCACCUCUUGUGGUGCUACCAACAGGUUCAAGGGAGCUGUUUCGUAAUUUUUUCUUCGGUUUUCUUUCUACAUUUUUUACUCCUUCUGUGUUCCGCACUGCUGUCGAUGUGGUUAGCAGCAGUUCAUCUGACUACAUUAAGGGAUAUUCAUGUUCUACGUUGGGAUAUCUGCAAUUUGAAGUGUCAAGUUGGAUGAGACAGUACAUCUACGUGUCCCUUGUUCUUGACCUACGACCUAUUGUUGCGCACCAAGCACUCACUAACAGAGAUAUGUCUCCGUGGGGUUGCGUAUUGCAAGCUUUGCAGUGCAGCUGCACACCGCGUCAGCACGAGAAAAUCCUAUUAUCUGAGAAUGGACGAAAGAAGUGCCGUCACCACGCUGAGCUUUUGUAUUACUUUGUUAAUCGGCAAGUCAAAAGUUAA